AGAGGAGCGAUACAGAGCGCAGUGAGCUGACGGUGGAGGCGAUCAGUCUCAGCAGAGCUGACUCCUCAAGAGCCAUGGCUGAAGGGGGUGAAGGAGGGGAAGAUGAAAUACAGUUCCUACGAACUGAUGAUGAAGUAGUACUUCAGUGUGUUGCCAGUAUUCACAAAGAACAAAGGAAGUUUUGCUUGGCAGCUGAGGGACUUGGGAAUCGCCUGUGCUUUUUGGAACCAACAUCAGAAGCUAAAUAUGUCCCUCCGGACCUUUGCAUCUGUAAUUUUGUCCUUGAACAGUCCCUAUCUGUCAGAGCCCUUCAAGAAAUGCUGGCCAGCACAGGAGAUAAUGCUAGUGAAGGGGCAGCUCAAGGCGGUGGUCACAGAACCCUGCUCUAUGGCCAUGCGAUACUACUUCGACAUUCGUUCAGUGAAAUGUAUUUGACAUGUUUAACAUCAUCAAGAUCCCAGACAGAUAAACUUGCAUUUGAUGUAGGACUACGAGAAAAUGCAGCAGGUGAAGCAUGCUGGUGGACAAUACACCCUGCUUCUAAACAAAGGUCAGAAGGAGAAAAAGUUCGAAUAGGUGAUGAUCUUAUCCUGGUCAGCGUGUCCUCUGAAAGAUACCUGCAUCUGUCUGUUUCAAAUGGAAGUAUUCAUGUGGAUGCCUCCUUUAUGCAGACACUAUGGAAUGUACAUCCUAUAUGCUCAGGAAGCAAUAUUACGGAAGGAUAUCUUCUUGGUGGGCAUGUAGUACGUUUUUUCCAUGGCCAUGAUGAGUGCUUGACAAUUCCAUCUACAGAUCAGAAUGAUUCACAACACAAGAAAGUUUUCUAUGAAACUGGAGGAGCUGGUGUUCGAGCAAGGUCUUUGUGGAGAGUAGAACCCCUUCGAAUAAGCUGGAGUGGAAGUAACAUCAGAUGGGGACAGCCUUUCCGUCUUCGACAUAUUACAACAGGAAAGUAUUUGGCUCUGCAUGAAGAUGAAGGAGUUGUAAUAUUAGAUAGAGAAAAGUCAGACACAACAUCUACUGCUUUUUGUUUCAGAGCAUCAAAGGAGCUAAAAGAAAAGCAGGAUUCUAGUCUCAAACGUGACAUUGAUGGAAUGGGACUCCCAGAAAUAAAGUAUGGUGAUUCAAUCUGUUUUGUCCAACAUGUGGCCACUGCCUUAUGGUUGACUUACAAAGCACAGGAUGCUAAAUCAGCACGUUUAGGUCCCUUGAAAAGAAAGGUUAUAUUACACCAAGAAGGUCAUAUGGAUGAUGGUCUCACAUUACAAAGAUGUCAGCAUGAGGAAUCCCAGGCUGCUCGAAUCAUUCGCAAUACUACAAGCUUAUUCAGCCACUUUAUAAGUGGAAACAACAGAACACUAUCACCCUCUGCCCUGCCUGUUGAGGAGAUGGCUCAGACUCUGCAAGACCUUAUUAUAUACUUCCAGCUUCCCGAAGAAGACCUGCAACAUGAAGAUAAGCAAAACAAACUCCGCUCACUCAAAAACAGACAAAAUUUAUUCAAAGAAGAGGGAAUGCUGGCACUAGUUCUGAAUUGCAUUGAUCGCUUAAAUGACUACAACAGCACAGCUCAUUUUGCAGGAAUUGCAAGAGAAGAAUAUGGUACUGCAUGGAAAGAAAUUUUGAAUCUCCUUUACAAAUUGUUAGCUGCUCUCAUUCGUGGCAACAGAAACAAUUGUGCUCAAUUUUCCAGUAACCUUGAUUGGUUAAUCAGUAAAUUGGAUAGAUUAGGAUCUUCCUCAGGCAUUUUGGAAGUAUUGCACUGCAUCUUGAUUGAAAGCCCAGAAGCUUUAAAUAUAAUAUCUGAGGAACACAUCAAAUCCAUUAUUUCAUUGUUGGAUAAACACGGGCGAAAUUACAAGGUUCUCGAUGUGCUUUGCUCUCUCUGUGUCUGCAAUGGAGUUGCAGUUCGUGCCAAUCAAAAUUUGAUUUGUGACAAUUUACUGCCUAGAAGAGACUUACUUUUGCAAACACGUUUGAUUAAUGAUGUGACAAGCAUAAGGCCAAACAUAUUUUUGGGCGUUGCUGAGGGCUCUGCACAAUACAAGAAGUGGUACUUUGAGUUAAUAAUCGAUCAGGUUGAUCCAUUCUUGACGGCAGAACCCACCCAUUUACGCGUUGGAUGGGCCUCUACUUCAGGUUAUGCCCCCUAUCCUGGAGGUGGAGAAGGAUGGGGGGGCAAUGGUGUUGGUGAUGACCUGUACUCCUAUGGUUUUGACGGCCUUCAUCUGUGGUCUGGUCGAGUACCCAGAGCUGUAGCAUCUGUCAAUCAGCAUUUAUUCGCAUCUGAUGAUGUGGUUAGCUGCUGUUUGGAUUUAGGUGUACCCAGCAUUUCAUUCCGCAUUAAUGGACAGCCUGUACAGGGAAUGUUUGAGAACUUCAGUACAGAAGGGUUUUUCUUCCCUGUUGUAAGCUUAUCAGCAGGUGUAAAAGUUCGUUUUUUGUUGGGUGGACGUCAUGGAGAGUUUAAAUUUCUGCCUCCUGCUGGCUAUGCUCCCUGUUAUGAAGCAUUGCUUCCAAAAGAGAAGAUGAAACUGGAACCAGUGAAAGAAUAUAAAAGAGAUUUUGAAGGAGUGAGGGAUUUGUUGGGUACAACACAAUUCCUCUCGCAAGCUUCUUUUAUCCCUUGUCCAAUAGACACCAGUCAGAUUGCUCUUCCUUUUCAUCUUGAAAAGAUCAGGGACAAGCUAGCUGAAAACAUCCAUGAGCUGUGGGGAAUGAAUAAAAUAGAACUGGGCUGGACAUAUGGCAAGAUACGAGAUGAUAAUAAAAGGCAUCAUCCUUGUCUUGUGGAAUUCUCAAAAUUACCUGAGACAGAGAAGAAUUAUAAUCUACAAAUGUCAACUGAAACACUCAAAACCCUUUUGGCCCUUGGAUGUCACAUUGUUCAUGCUCAUCCAGCAGCUGAGGAAGAUCUUAAAAAAGUCAAACUUCCUAAAAAUUACGUGAUGUCAAAUGGAUAUAAACCUGCCCCUCUUGAUCUUUCUGAAGUGAAAUUGUUACCUUCUCAAGAAUUUCUAGUUGACAAACUAGCAGAAAACGCACAUAAUGUCUGGGCAAAAGACAGAAUAAAGCAAGGAUGGACCUAUGGCAUUCAGCAGGAUCUUAAGAACAAACGUAAUCCUCGGCUAGUGCCAUAUGCAUUAUUAGAUGAACGCACUAAAAAAUCAAACAGAGAUAGCCUCCGUGAAGCUGUUAGAACAUUUGCAGGCUAUGGUUAUAGUAUUGAACCACCUGACCAAGAAAUAGCUGACCAAACAGUGGAAAAAGUCAGCAUCGACAAGAUACGAUUUUUCAGAGUAGAAAAAUCUUAUGCAGUGAAGUCUGGAAAGUGGUACUUUGAAUUUGAAGCUGUGACAGGUGGAGAUAUGCGUGUUGGCUGGGCCAGGCCAGGCUGUCGACCUGACAUAGAGUUGGGAGCUGAUGACCAAGCAUUUGUAUUUGAAGGAAGCAAAGGCCAGCGUUGGCAUCAAGGCAGUGGAUUCUUUGGACGAAGCUGGCAACCAGGAGAUGUGGUUGGUUGUAUGAUAAACUUGGAUGACAAAUCGAUUAUCUUUACUCUGAAUGGCGAGUUGCUAAUAACAAGUAAAGGGUCAGAACUUGCAUUUGCCGACUUUGGAAUAGAAAAUGGUUUUGUUCCAGUUUGUGCACUGGGUCUAUCUCAGAUUGGUCGCAUGAACCUUGGAAUGGAUGCCAGUACAUUCAAGUAUUAUACAAUGUGUGGCCUUCAAGAAGGUUUUGAACCUUUUGCUGUCAACAUGAACCGAGAUGUUGCUAUGUGGUUUAGUAAACGCUUACCAACAUUUGUCAAUGUGCCAAAAAAUCAUCCUCACAUUAAGAUAUGGAGAAUUGAUGGAACCAUUGAAAGUCCACCUCGGUUAAAAGUUACUCACAAAACAUUUGGCACACAGAACAGCAAUUCAGACAUGAUAUAUUGUCGUUUGAGUAUGCCCAUUGAGUUCCACUCAUCAUUCAACUUCAGCAUGGGUGUGGAAAAUGCCUCAUCUGAUGUUUUCCAAAAACGAAAGCACAGCCAAGAAAUUGCUGCUCCUUCUACUACAUAUUUUUACUCACUAAGGAUAUUUGCUGGCCAAGACCCAUCUUCUGUCUGGGUUGGCUGGGUAACACCAGACUAUCAUUUUUACAGUGAGAAUUUUGAUCUAAAUAAAAAUUGUACAGUGACAGUUACUUUAGGAGAUGAGAGAGGAAGGGUUCAUGAAAGUGUGAAGCGCAGCAACUGCUAUAUGGUUUGGGGAGGAGAUGUAAUUGCUAAUUCCCAGAGAUCAGGUCGCAGUAAUGUUGAUAUAGAAAUUGGAUGCUUUGUUGACCUGGCUACUGGAAUGGUGUCAUUCACAGCCAAUGGAAGAGAACUUGGCACUUGUUAUCAGGUUGAACCAAACACGAAGCUCUUUCCAGCAGCUUUUUUACAGCCUACAAGCACUAACUUGGUUCAGUUUGAACUUGGUAAAUUAAAGAAUACCAUGCCUUUAUCAGCAGCAAUUUUUAAAAGUGAAGAAAGAAAUCCUGUUCCUCAGUGUCCCCCUCGCCUUGAUGUGCAAACAAUUACACCUGUUUUAUGGAGCAGAAUGCCAAACAGCUUUCUAAGAGUAGAAACUGAGCGUGUCAGUGAACGUCAUGGCUGGGUUGUGCAGUGUUUGGAACCUCUGCAGAUGAUGGCACUUCAUAUCCCAGAAGAAAACAGAUGUGUUGAUAUUUUGGAACUAUGUGAACAAGAAGAUUUGAUGAAGUUUCACUACCACACUUUAAAACUCUAUAGCUCAGUUAGUGCUCUAGGUAACACUAGAGUUGCUUAUGCACUUUGUAGCCAUGUGGACAUAUCUCAGCUAUUUUUUACAAUAGAUAAUCAAUACUUACCUGGACUUCUACGUUCUGGAUUCUACGACUUGCUCAUUAGUAUUCAUUUGGAGCAUGCCAAGCAAGCCAAGCUCAUGAUGAGCAAUGAAUUUAUCAUUCCAGUUACAGAUGAAACUCGAACUAUUAAAUUGUAUCCCAAUGAAACAAAGAAGCAUGGUUUACCUGGAGUAGGGCUUAGCACUUGCCUGAAACCAGCCUUUAAUUUUUCUACUCCAUGCUUUAUUGCGACCACUGAAGAACAUCAGACAUCCAGUCCAGAAAUACCCCUUGAGACACUUAAAUCCAAGGCCUUAAGUAUGUUAACAGAGGCAGUACAGUGUAGCGGUGCUCAUAUACGAGACCCUGUUGGAGGACAGGUUGCAUUCCAGUUUGUUCCUGUUCUUAAACUGAUAGCAACAUUGCUCAUAAUGGGUGUUUUUGAUGAUGAUGAUGUGAAGCAGAUUUUACUCCUCAUUGAUCCCACUGUGUUUGGAGAUCACAAGGAAGAAACAGAAGAAAAAAUAGAGAAGGAAGAAGUUACAAAAGUAGAAGAAAAAGCUGUAGAAGCUGGGGAGAAAGCAAUAAAACAAACAAAAGCUCCUGCAAAGGGCUUAUUGCAGACAAGAUUACCAGAAUCUGUUAAGCUUCAGAUGUGUCACUUACUCAAUUAUUUUUGUGACUGUGAACUACAACAUAGAGUGGAAGCAAUUGUGUCAUUUGCAGACCGUUACGUAUCAAAAUUGCAGUAUAAUCAGAAAUACAGGUACAAUGAACUCAUGCAAGCCUUGAACAUGUCUGCUGCUUUGACAGCCAAGAAGACUAAAGAAUUUCGGUCUCCUCCUCAAGAACAGAUUAAUAUGUUGCUGAAUUUUCAACUGGGAGAGGAUUGUCCCUGUCCAGAGGAGAUUCGGGAUGAGUUAUAUGAAUUUCAUGAUGACCUUCUAAUUCACUGUGUUCCAGCUACACUGAAAGAACUCAUAUCCCAGACUAUGGUGCGCUGGUCCCAAGAAGAUCAGAUUCAAGAUCCUGAAUUAGUUCGAAUUAUGUACAGCCUCCUUCGUAGGCAAUAUGAUAGCAUUGGUGAGCUACUGCAAGCUCUGAGGAAAGCAUAUACUAUUAGUGCUGCCUCUGUGAAGGAUACCAUUAAUCUGCUAGCAGCACUGGGCCAGAUUCGCUCACUUCUCAGUGUGAGGAUGGGAAAAGAGGAGGAACUGCUGAUGAUUAAUGGAUUAGGGGAUAUAAUGAACAACAAGGUGUUUUAUCAGCAUCCGAACUUAAUGAGAGUCUUGGGCAUGCAUGAGACUGUUAUGGAUGUGAUGGUGAAUGUGCUUGGAGGAGAUAAAUCUCAGAUCGCUUUCCCUAAGAUGGUAGCAAGCUGUUGCCGAUUCCUGUGCUACUUCUGUCGAAUUAGUCGUCAAAACCAAAAGGCCAUGUUUGAGCAUCUCAGUUACUUACUGGAAAACAGCAGUGUUGGACUGGCAUUUCCUUCAAUGAGAGGUUCGACACCCCUAGAUGUUGCAGCAGCCUCUGUUAUGGACAACAAUGAGCUUGCACUUGCAUUGGAGGAGCCAGACCUUGAUAAGGUUGUUACCUACCUGGCAGGUUGUGGCUUGCAAAGUUGCCCAGUAUUGCUGGCUAAAGGAUAUCCAGACAUUGGAUGGAACCCCAUAGAGGGUGAACGUUACCUGUCAUUCUUACGAUUUGCAGUUUUUGUUAACGGUGAAAGCGUCGAGGAAAAUGCAAGUGUUGUUGUCAAGCUCCUUAUUCGACGGCCAGAGUGCUUUGGGCCAGACCUUAGGGGAGAAGGAGGAAAUGGUUUGCUGGCUGCUAUGCAGGAAGCUAUCAGGAUCUCAGAGAAUCCUGCUCGUGACCUUCCUUCCCAGGCAUAUAAAAGAGAAGGUGAUGAGGAGGAGGAGGAAGAGGAGACUGUGCACAUGGGUAAUGCAAUCAUGUCAUUUUACUCAGCUCUCAUAGAUUUACUUGGACGCUGUGCACCAGAAAUGCAUCUUAUUCAAAGUGGAAAAGGGGAAGCUAUUCGAAUCAGAUCUAUCCUUCGAUCUCUAGUGCCAACUGAAGAUUUGGUUGGGAUUAUAAGUAUACCACUAAAGCUGUCAACAGUUAACAAAGAUGGUACAGUAAAUGAACCAGACAUGUCUGCAAGUUUCUGUCCUGAUCAUAAAGCACCCAUGGUACUCUUCUUGGACCGUGUCUAUGGUAUUAAGGACCAAAGCUUCCUCCUUCACCUACUGGAAGUUGGAUUUUUACCAGAUUUAAGAGCCUCUGCCUCUUUGGAUACAGUUUCUCUAAGUACCACAGAGGCAGCUCUCGCGCUAAACAGAUACAUUUGCUCAGCUGUGUUUCCAUUACUCAAAAGAUGUGCUCCCCUCUUUUCUGGAACAGAGCAUCACUCCUCUCUGGUUGACUCCAUGCUUCACACAAUAUAUAGGUUAUCCAAGGGACGGUCCCUUACAAAAGCACAAAGAGACACUAUUGAAGAAUGCCUGCUUGCUAUUUGCCACCACUUACGUCCCUCUAUGCUACAACAGCUGUUGAGAAGGCUAGUUUUUGAUGUGCCCCUGCUCAAUGAAUACUGUAAAAUGCCUCUUAAGCUUCUGACAAAUCACUAUGAGCAGUGCUGGAAAUACUAUUGUCUGCCUUCAGGAAUGGGAAGCUAUGGAAUUGCAGCAGAAGAAGAAUUACAUUUAACUGAAAAACUUUUCUGGGGAAUAUUUGAUUCCUUGUCUCAUAAGAAGUAUGAUCCAGAGCUCUUUCGAAUGGCUUUGCCCUGUCUAAGUGCUAUAGCUGGUGCCUUGCCCCCUGAUUAUUUAGAUACACGAAUCAUGUCAACUUUGGAAAAGCAGACUUCAAUGGAUCCAGAAGGAAAUUUUGAUCCCAAACCUGUCAGCACAGCAAACCUUGUACUUCCUGAAAAGUUGGAGUACAUCAUAAGCAAAUAUGCUGAACAUUCCCAUGAUAAAUGGGCGUUUGAUAAGACAAAUAGUGGAUGGAAAUAUGGCGUUUCUCUGGAUGAAAAUAUGAAGACUCACCCAUUAAUAAGACCUUUCAAAACUUUAGCUGAAAAGGAAAAGGAAAUUUAUCGUUGGCCUGCCAGAGAAUCAUUGAAAACCAUGUUGGCCUUGGGAUGGAGCCUAGAAAGGACCAAGGAAGGAGGAGAAACAGUAAUACAUCAGCGUGAAAAUGAAAAGCUUCGCAGCAUAUCUCAGUCUAGUCAGGGAAAUGGGUAUAUCCCGGCACCACUUGAUCUCUCUAAUGUGGCACUUUCUAGGGAGCUUCAGGGAAUGGUUGAGGUAAUGGCAGAAAACUACCAUAAUAUAUGGGCCAAAAAGAAGAAAAUGGAGUUGGAAAGCAAAGGUGGAGGUAGUCAUCCUUUAUUGGUACCUUAUGAUACACUGACAGCCAAGGAGAAAUCACGAGACCGUGAAAAGGCACAAGAGCUGUUUAAAUUCCUUCAAGUCAAUGGUAUAAUCAUAUCUCGGGGCCUGAAUGACAUGGAGUUGGAUGCUUCAUCCAUGGAAAAGAGGUUUGCCUUUAAGUUUCUGAAGAAAAUUUUAAAAUAUGUUGAUUCUGCUCAAGAGUUUAUUGCACAUUUGGAAGCCAUUGUAACCAGUGGAAAAACUGAAAAAUCUCCACAUGACCAAGAAAUAAAAUUCUUUGCUAAAGUUCUUUUACCAUUAGUUGAUCAGUACUUUACAAAUCACUGCCUCUACUUCCUGUCUUCUCCAUCAAAAACCCUCAGCAGCAGUGGAUAUGCAUCAAAUAAGGAGAAGGAAAUGGUAGCAAGCCUGUUCUGCAAGCUAGCUGCUCUUGUUAGACAUAGGAUCUCACUUUUUGGUAGUGAUUCUGCUACAAUGGUGAACUGCCUGCACAUCUUAGCUCAAUCUCUUGACACACGAACUGUUAUGAAAUCAGGAUCUGAACUUGUUAAAGCAGGAUUGCGUGCCUUUUUUGAAAAUGCUGCUGAAGACUUGGAAAAAACUUCAGAAAAUCUUAAACUUGGAAAAUUUACUCAUUCACGAACACAAAUCAAGGGUGUUUCACAAAAUAUCAAUUAUACUACAGUAGCAUUGUUACCAAUCUUGACAUCAUUUUUUGAACAUAUUUCACAAUAUCAGUUUGGAAUCGAUUUACUUUUGGGUGAUGUACAAGUUUCAUGUUACAGAAUUCUUUGUAGCCUCUAUUCUCUUGGGACUGGAAAGAACAUCUAUGUUGAAAGGCAGCGUCCCGCACUUGGUGAGUGUUUAGCUUCUCUUGCGGCAGCCAUUCCAGUAGCAUUCCUUGAACCUUCUCUCAACCAUUACAACCCACUGUCUGUUUUCAACACAAAAAGUGCAAGAGAAAGAGCAAUUUUAGGUAUGCCUGAUACAGUAGAAGAGAUGUGUCCAGAGAUCCCUCAGCUGGAUGGACUUAUAAAGGAAAUUAAUGAUUUAGCAGAGUCUGGAGCAAGGUAUACUGAAAUGCCUCAUGUCAUUGAGGUUAUCUUACCCAUGCUAUGCAACUAUUUAUCCUACUGGUGGGAAAGAGGGUCUGAGAGCGUUCCUCAAAGUGGUGGGCCUUGCUGUACAAUGAUAACGUCUGAGCAUCUGAGCAUCGUUCUUGGGAACAUUCUAAAAAUCAUUAACAACAAUCUGGGAAUAGAUGAAGCAUCUUGGAUGAAAAGAAUUGCAGUUUAUGCUCAACCCAUCAUCAGCAAAGCCAGACCUGAUCUGCUCAGAUCUCACUUUAUUCCAACACUGGAUAAAUUGAAGAAGAAAGCUAUAAAGAUAGCGAUGGAAGAGGAGCAACUGAAAGCAGAUAGUAAAACUGACACCCAAGAAGCUGAGCUACUCAUUCUCGAUGAAUUUGCUGUACUUUGUAGAGACCUUUAUGCUUUCUAUCCAAUGUUGAUACGUUAUGUAGACAACAACAGAGCCAACUGGCUAAAGAAACCAGAUGCAGAUUCCGAUGAACUCUUUCGAAUGGUAGCUGAAGUUUUUAUCCUGUGGUGUAAAUCACAUAAUUUCAAAAGAGAAGAACAAAAUUUCGUGAUUCAGAAUGAAAUCAACAAUUUGGCAUUUUUAACAGGAGACACCAAGAGCAAGAUGUCUAAAGCCAUGCAAGUAAAGUCUGGAGGACAAGAUCAAGAGAGGAAGAAAUCAAAACGUAGAGGGGAUUUGUACUCCAUACAAACAUCUUUGAUUGUGGCUGCACUUAAAAAGAUGCUUCCUAUUGGUUUGAAUAUGUGUACUCCUGGAGAUCAAGAGCUCAUCUCUUUGGCUAAGACUAGAUACAGCCAUAGGGACACAGAUGAUGAAGUCAAAGAACAUUUACGUAACAACUUACAUUUGCAGGAAAAGUCUGAUGAUCCAGCUGUGAAAUGGCAGCUAAAUCUGUACAAAGACAUUUUGAAGAGUGAUGGACCUACCGACCCUGAGAGAAAUGUUGAACGUGUGCAGAGGAUAUCAGCUGCUCUGUAUCAUCUGGAACAGGUUGAACAACCACUGAGAUCAAAAAAGGCUGUUUGGCACAAACUCCUGUCAAAACAACGCAAAAGGGCUGUUGUUGCAUGUUUCAGAAUGGCACCAUUAUACAACCUGCCAAGGCACCGUUCUAUUAACCUCUUCCUCAAUGGCUAUCAGAACUAUUGGAUAGAAACAGAGGAAUAUUCAUUUGAGGAGAAACUAGUUCAGGAUUUGGCUACAUCUCCAAAAAAAGAUGAAGAGGAAGAAGAAGAGACUGAGAAAAACCAUCCUGAUCCACUUCAUCAGAUUAUCCUCUAUUUCAGUCGCAGCGCUCUCACUGAAAGAAGUAAACUAGAAGAUGAUCCCUUAUAUAUUGCCUAUUCUGCGAUGAUGGCAAAAAGCUGUCAAGAAGAAGAAGAGGAAGAAGAAGAAAAAGAAAAGACAUUUGAGGAGAAAGAAAUGGAAAAACAGAGAACACUCUAUCAGCAAGCUCGCUUACAUGAUCGUGGAGCUGCUGAGAUGGUCCUUCAGAUGAUUAGUGCAAGCAAAGGUCAUACAGGGCCCAUGGUUGUUGAAACUCUAAAACUUGGUAUCGCUAUUCUAAAUGGUGGAAACACCAUAGUUCAACAGAAAAUGCUGGACUACCUGAAGGAGAAAAGGGAUGCUGGAUUUUUUCAAAGUCUUUCUGGCUUGAUGCAGUCCUGCAGUGUUCUUGACUUGAAUGCGUUUGAGAGACAGAAUAAAGCGGAAGGCCUGGGAAUGGUUACUGAAGAAGGAACUCUCAUCGUUCGUGAGCGUGGUGAAAAGGUCUUGCAGCAUGAUGAAUUUACUCGAGAUCUAUUUAGAUUUUUGCAGCUGCUCUGCGAAGGGCAUAACAAUGAUUUUCAAAAUUACUUGCGUACUCAGAUGGGCAACACCACAACAGUGAAUAUUAUCAUUAGUACAGUCGACUACCUCUUGCGUCUUCAGGAAUCCAUCAGUGACUUCUAUUGGUACUAUUCAGGAAAGGAUGUCAUUGAUGAAUCAGGACAACGUAAUUUUUCUAAAGCUUUGGCUGUCACCAAACAAAUAUUCAAUUCCCUUACAGAAUAUAUCCAGGGCCCUUGCAUUGGUAAUCAACAGAGUCUGGCUCAUAGUAGGCUGUGGGAUGCAGUUGUUGGCUUUCUUCAUGUCUUUGCCAAUAUGCAAAUGAAACUUUCACAGGACUCUGCUCAGAUUGAAUUGCUUAAGGAACUGCUAGAUCUGCUAAAGGAUAUGGUAGUGAUGCUUUUGUCACUGCUUGAAGGUAACGUUGUAAAUGGAACUAUUGGAAAACAAAUGGUAGACACGCUUGUAGAAUCAUCUAGCAAUGUAGAAAUGAUUUUGAAGUUCUUCGACAUGUUCCUGAAGUUAAAAGAUCUGACUAACUCAGAUGCUUUCAAAGAGUACGACCCAGAUGGUAAAGGAAUCAUUUCAAAGAAGGAAUUUCAGAAAUCAAUGGAGGCUCAAAAACAAUACAUACAGUCAGAGAUUGAAUUUCUGCUGUCCUGUACAGAAGCUGAUGAAAAUGAUAUGUUUAACUAUGUUGACUUUGUGGAAAGAUUUCAUGAACCAGCCAAAGACAUUGGAUUUAAUGUAGCAGUAUUGCUAACAAACCUUUCAGAGCACAUGCCUAAUGAUUCACGCCUUCAGAGCUUACUUGAACCUGCAGAAAGUGUUCUUAAUUACUUUGAACCAUAUCUUGGCCGUAUUGAAAUAAUGGGUGGGGCCAAGAAAAUAGAAAGAGUUUACUUUGAAAUCAGUGAAUCCAGUAGAAUGCAAUGGGAGAAGCCACAGGUAAAGGAAUCCAAAAGACAGUUCAUAUUUGAUGUUGUAAAUGAAGGUGGAGAGCAAGAAAAAAUGGAACUCUUUGUAAAUUUCUGUGAAGACACAAUCUUUGAAAUGCAGUUAGCAUCUCAGAUCUCUGAAACAGAUUCAGCUGAGAGGCCCGAGGAAGAGGAAGAGGCAGAGCCUGCUUAUGUAGUGGAUAUUGGAGAUGAUGAGGAAGAAGAAAAGUCCCUGGAACCUGCUUCAGCUUUUGCAGUUGCCUGUGUUGCAGUGAAGAAGAAUGUUGCCAACUUUUUUAAGAUGGCCACUGUGAAGAACCUAAGGAAACAAUACAGGAAAGUUAAAAAGAUGACAGUAAAAGAGAUGGUGAAAGUGUUUUUCUCCUUUUUCUGGAUCCUAUUUGUAGGGACAUUUCAACUGUUCUUUUCUGUAGUGUGGGGAAUAUUCCAGAUUCUUUGGAGCACUGUAUUUGGGGGUGGCCUGGUUGAAGGAGCCAAAAACAUAAAAGUUACUAAAAUAUUAGGGGAUAUGCCUGAUCCAACACAGUUUGGAAUCCAUGAUGAUGUUAUGGAAGCAGAAAAAGCUGAAGGUGCUGAGCACGGCAUCAGAGCUGAACUUGUGCAGUUUGUGAAGGGUGAAAAGGGAGAAACUGACAUAAUCGCAGAUAUUUUUGGCAUUCCUACAAAGAAAGAAGGUGGAUCAAAACACGGUCAUGAUGCUGGACUUGGCGAUAUUGCAGAAAUCCUUGGUGCUGAGAUCCAGACAUCCUUGGAAAACACAGUUCAUAAGAAAAAAGGAUUACAGAUAUCUGAAAUUGCAAAAGAAGCUGGAACACAAAGAAAAGCAGAAGCUGAGAAGGCCGACAUGGAAGACGGUGAGAAACAAGAUAAAGCAAAGGAAGUACAAUCUGAGCAGGUCGAAGAGGGAAAAAUGAAGAAAAAGAAGCGAAGGCAUGGACAAAAAAUUGAGAAACCUGAGGCUGUUAUGGCUAACUUCUUCAAAGCUUUGGAAAUUUAUCAAACAAAAAUGCUUCACUACUUGGCAAGAAAUUUUUAUAACUUAAGAUUUCUUGCUCUAUUUGUUGCAUUUGCCAUCAAUUUUAUUCUUCUAUUUUACAAGGUGACAGAAGAGCCACUUGAUGAAGCAGAGGAAGACUCUAAUCUCUGGAAUUCUUUUGCUGAAGAGGAAGAGGAGGAGGGCAUGGUCUUCUUUGUUUUAGAAGAAAGUACAGGCUACAUGGCACCUGCUCUCAGAGCAUUGGCAGUUAUUCAUACUAUCAUCUCCUUUGUCUGUGUGAUUGGAUACUACUGCUUAAAGGUCCCUUUGGUUGUAUUCAAGAGGGAAAAGGAGGUAGCUAGAAAGCUGGAAUUUGAUGGCCUGUACAUAACUGAACAGCCAACUGAAGAUGAUAUUAAAGGGCAGUGGGAUCGCCUCGUUAUAAAUACUCCGUCCUUCCCUAACAAUUACUGGGACAAAUUUGUAAAACGGAAGGUUAUUAACAAGUACGGAGACUUAUAUGGAGCAGAGCGCAUUGCAGAACUUUUGGGUUUGGACAAAAGUGCCCUUGAUUUUAGUCCAGUGGAAGAGAACGAACCAGAAGAGGCAUCUCUUGUAUCAUGGUUAAGCUCCAUUGAUACAAAGUACCACAUUUGGAAGCUUGGAGUUGUCUUCACUGAUAAUUCAUUUUUAUACUUAGCUUGGUACACAACUAUGUCUAUCCUUGGGCACUACAACAACUUCUUCUUUGCUGCUCAUCUGCUGGAUAUUGCUAUGGGGUUUAAGACAUUGCGAACUAUUUUGUCUUCAGUCACUCACAACGGCAAACAGCUUGUUCUUACUGUGGGACUCCUUGCUGUGGUAGUGUACCUUUACACUGUUGUGGCAUUCAACUUCUUCCGCAAAUUCUACAACAAAAGUGAAGAUGAAGAUGAACCAGACAUGAAAUGUGAUGACAUGAUGACGUGUUACCUGUUCCACAUGUAUGUGGGUGUAAGAGCUGGUGGUGGCAUUGGAGAUGAAAUUGAGGAUCCUGCUGGAGACCCUUAUGAAAUGUAUCGAAUUGUCUUUGACAUCACAUUUUUCUUCUUUGUCAUUGUUAUCCUACUGGCCAUUAUUCAAGGUCUGAUUAUUGAUGCUUUUGGUGAAUUAAGAGACCAGCAAGAACAAGUGAGGGAAGACAUGGAGACCAAAUGUUUUAUUUGUGGAAUCGGCAAUGACUAUUUUGACACAACCCCACAUGGCUUUGAAACACAUACUUUGCAAGAACACAACUUGGCGAACUAUUUGUUCUUCUUAAUGUAUCUAAUUAACAAGGAUGAAACUGAGCAUACUGGCCAGGAGUCAUUUGUGUGGAAGAUGUACCAAGAAAGAUGUUGGGAUUUUUUCCCAGCAGGGGACUGCUUCCGAAAACAGUAUGAGGAUCAACUUGGCUAAUAUCACAAAAAAAAGUUAUUUAUUCAUGAACUAUUAAGAUAAAAAAAAAGAAAUCUAUUCUUUUCAUGGUGCAAUUUCACAGCUUGUAUUUACUUUAAAUGUCUUUAAACUUCAAGACACACAUAAAAUUUGACACUAUUUCAGAGGCUUUUUGUACCUACCACAUGCGAAACAGGUCUUUUGUUGCAAUUUUAAUUAGAAAAAACUAUGCCAGAUUAACUUAAGCCUUCCAGUUCAAACAUGCCCUAAAAUCAUAACAACUUUUUAACCACAUCAUUAACCUGGUGUUUGGCAGUAAGUUGAAAGGGCUAAAAGGCAUCUUAAUUGCACAUUUGACAUUGAAGAACUUGAACAUCAGAGGCCAGGCCUCAGAAAAAACAGUUCAGCUAACUGCUGUCCAGUUUUUCCCCACAGUAUUUGCUAGUGAAUGUAUUAAGAUACAGUUUGAAAAGCUUUAAGCAGUUAAAAAGAAAUCAUUUUCAAACAUUUUGUCAACCUUGAAGCAUUAAAGUGCCUUAAAACCUCUGUAGACAUAGCUAUGCAAGCUUUUUAUUUAUGUUAAUGUUCUAGAUGAACAAACCCAUUAACUGUAUUGCUUUUCUGUCUUUCUGUAUCAAAUUACACUUGAAGUUAGUUAAUAUACUACCUUCAAUAACAGCUUAUUAGAUGCUGCUGUUAAAAGACAUACACUGUAUCAAAAUGAACACAGUUUAAAUCUUAGGCCAAAAUAAAACAAUGCUCUACAGUCACCUGCAAGUAGAAGUUGUUAGGAUUAUGCAUUCUUUUUUCUUCUAAUAAAAGUGCCCACUGCAAUAAAGUAUUAUAAACCAAA